AUGGUUCAAUACUCAGUUGUUCCUCAACAAUCAUUCAAGAUAUCUUCAUGGGAAGAUACUGUGGUGGAUACAAAUCGCUCCGGUAUCCUCAUGACUGCGAUUAUGGCAUUGUAUUCGGAGCUUCAGUUUUCUGCGACUGAUGGCAAGAACCAGGAAAGGUUGGAUCUCAAGCUCAUCGACUUACUCAAGGGCGAGCACACGAUCUUAUUGCAGCCGAUCCGAAAGGCUAAAAGCAGAGUAAAUACAGAAGUGACAGAAGACAAGCACAGUAGGGCUUCCGACGUUCGGCAGCGAAUAGCACAGCGGCUGAAUAUAACUUCCCAUGCGUCCCCUCAGUAUGCCCUGCUUACACGAGCAUAUCAAGUAAGGCGUCUAGAAGGCUUCAUCAACUUCCAGCGGAGUCUAAGGAAGGAUCGCAAACCGGUCAAAGAAGGACACGAAUUCCGUCGCCACACUCACUGGCACUGGUGUGCCUUGCACGCGUGCAAGAGGGGAAGCUCGUCUGUUCGCCCGCCAGUGGAUCGCCCGAAUAUCCCUUUGUGGCGUUUCGAAAGGAACGACGGAGUAUUCUUGGUACCCGAGUUCUGGCGUUCGGCGAGAAUGGCGAGAGCCACGUAUCGAUGGAUGACCACACCUUUGCGGGACGCCUCCCGUAAUCUUCUCCUGGGGUCUAGCUGA